AUGCGUGCCCCCUUCAUAUGUCGACCUUGCCUGGCCCGCCUUCGCCAGGCCACAUCCCACCCUACGCUGUUCCUCCGCGCCGCCUCUCAUGCCCAGGCCCUCCAGACCCAGAACCCCCCUUCGGAAUGGCCCAGGCCACCAGGCUCGGUCAACUCGUCACAGCAGAGCCAGGCCCGCCCUCCGCGAGACCCUGACACCGAGCGCCUUGAUACCGCAGCGACGAUACGGAUCCGCCGAUACCUCGAAGACCGGCAUCAUGUUGGGGAAAGCCUUGGAGGGGGCCCCCUGACCCGACUGAAGACCAUGAUUUUGAAUACGAAAGGGGACAUCGAACUGCUGUGGCCCGCAAUCGCCCAGGCGUAUGGGCUUCCGAAGCGCGCUGCGCAAGAAGCCGCCGCGCAGUUGAAGAGGUUGUUCUGGCGCCGCCGCCGCUGGGAAGCGGCGGAGCUCCUAGAUGAGUUCGAGGUGUGGAAAGUCGGCUAUUCCAAGUUCCUCAGACAGUUUUCCGCCACCGGGACCAGGCCGACUCAACGUGGACAAGCGGCUGGUCGGGCUGUCGUCCCCGAUGCUGAGGCUCCCUCUGUUUCGGCUUUGAAGGCAUCUUGGAUGCAUCUGGACAAGGACGAAAGGCAGCGGCAUUGGUCCAGGAUUCUGCUCUCCAUGCUGGAAUCCAACCCUGAGCUGCUGCCCUCGUUCGUAAGGGCUACUUACGACCCUUCUUGGUCACCGAACUACGUCGUCGAGGAUUUACUUCGCAUCCUUGUCCUGCACGAAGAGACCCUCGCGGCUGCCGGUCAAGACUCGAUGAUUGAUUUGAUCUUCUUUCUGCGGGAUGCCACUCCGGCAGGAAAACUCCGGCUGGGUCAAGAUGUCAUUGGCACACUUGUCUCGACGGUGCCUGUCGCUCGAGCAUUCGACAUGUUCAACACACUGAAGGCCAAGGGUAUUGUCAUAAACGAUCAUACACAGUUGCACUUUGCCAGUGCGUUCGCCAAAUCCAAAGAGCACAAGGCCGAGGCGGCUCGAAUACUAUGCUCCUUGACAAGCAGACGAGGCUUUGACAUCAAUUCCGUAGCCGCAUCGAGUGUUUGUACUUCAUUGCUACAUCUUGCCGACGGCGAGGAGCCACCUCAGGGACAGGCCGCGCCGGAUGAGUUGUUCAGAAUGCUUUUGGAGCACGGGUUGCGCCCGAAUCUAUUGAACGUUACAGCACUGAUGCGGAAUUUUUGCGUCCGUGGAUACAUCGAUACUGCUUGGACCGUCUAUGAUCUACUGCUCGAGUACGACAUCGAGCCCGAUGAACGAGUAUACUCGACCUUGCUGCACGCUGCGAAACUGCAGGGAGACCACGGCUCUGUACACCGUGUCUUAUCAGCGGUACACACCCGCAAUACCUGGAAUGCUGCCAUUGCCAACAAUUUUCUUCACAUCAUCUUUGAGGAAAAUGAGAAACAGCCCGAGCGCAGGCGAAGACAGCGAAAGGCCAACAACGCCUUCAGGAUCAUGUUGCAAGUCUACGCCAAGUUCUUCCGCAUGGAGCCACUACAGAAGCUGUGUUACUUCCCUCUCGACGAAUAUUUGGGUUGGCCAGGCCCCAUUCCUGCCCACGCUACACACACCACUGACUUGGCAAUGGCACUGCCAGCAAAUGAGCCGUCACAGCUGAUGGACCCUGACACCAUCACCCUUACUACCAUGAUCUCUGCCGCCGUCUGUGGCGCCCCGAGAUUUUAUAACGGCCCUAGCGGCUCAAAACGCAUGAUGCGGUACUUCCAAUAUUUCAAUGACCUAUUCUUGGCAAGAGAUCCCUUGGCCGUUGCUCUAGUUGAGAACCAUGGCACGCUGGUGUAUGACAUUUUCCUCCGCGGCAUCCUACAGUUCCAAGGGAACCUGCAACUGGCAGUGCGAGUUGUCCGAAACAUGAUCCAGUUGGCCGCCGAGGAGGAGCAGAAGUACGGCAAAAGCUCGCACCCUUACCCAUCGGCUUACACCUGGACAAUCCUGGUGAACGGGUUCAGCAACCAUGGCCAACCUGCGACCGCGGCGUCCAUGGUCAAGAUGAUGAUGCGGGACGGCGGCGUGAAGCCAAACAUGGCCACCUGGAACGCUCUCAUUACUGCGUUCGCGCGCAAGGGUAAAGCGCGCGGCGCGGUGCAGGCCAUGCAAUACAUGGAGCAGGCCGGCUUCCGGCCGGACAAGUACACAAUCCAGGCCCUGAGCUCCAUGAGUCUCCCUGCCAGGCGGCGAGCCGUGGCGCUCCUCGAGGCUGCCAAGGGCGACGGGCUGGCGCAGGAUGAUGUGAAGACCUUGCUUUCCGCGCCGAGUCCCACUGGAGAUUCGGAAGCCGAGUCUUCUGACCUGGCCCGUAUACAGCAAGAGUAUUCUCCUGCAUGA